CGUCUGUUUGAGUCUCUCCCUUCUUAUGGCUAGUCAGUAACUCAAGUAAUCCGGCACGAUGAACAUCGCCGACUUCAAAACCGAAUUCUCGAUGCUUCUCAAUCGUUUUGCGAUCAUCACCUCGCCGACCGACGAGUCGUCAAAGGGAUCGUCGCAAAAUCAUCGCGAGUUGCUCAACGCCGUUCAAGAUACGCUUCGCACAGUUCUGAACGUGAAAUUGCAAUACCUCGAGGAAGCCGCGCUGACGACACCGGUCAACAAUGAAAUUGUCGUCGCCACGCCACAUGCUCCUGAUGUUCUACGUAUGGAUUAUAAUCAAACCACCAGGUAUGAAGCUGGAUUGACUCGAUGCGCGGAGAUCAAAUUGGCAGAUUUCGUCGGAUUACACACUCACCAUGAGGAGAGAAUGGAAGUGUCGGACAAUGAAAUUUUCACUGACAAUGCGAACGAUAACAAUAACAAGGACGCGAAGAAUGCAAAUCUGCCGGUGACAAGUGUCCAAAUGGAGCGGCAAGGUGACUUUCAUCAGAAGCUCGCUCUCGGCGUCAUCGUCGAGGAGACGCAGCGGAACUUGCGAAAAGUCGUGAGCAAUUUACAACGAAUGGAGGAUAUCUUGGCACCGGCAUCGCGCUCCGAGCCGCACGCGUUGCGUCGUAUCACGGCUAUGCUCAACGCGUCCGCGACAAAGAAGCCAGCGUUGGGCCAGUCGCAUCAUCACAUCCUAAGUCUCCGCAGCACGAUACAGCGCGCCAAGGCAGCGCGGCGCUCGUUAGCCUCGGUCACCGACGAUGUCGUCACGACGCCGACGACCUCAAGACCGACUCACAUCUCGCAACCGAUGACGGCGAUGAAAAAGCCAUCGGGGCCCUCGUCCACGAUCAGCAAAAUAACCCAGCACUCGCUCGGCAUGUCGAGCUUCACGGCUGACAAAUCCAAAUCGCCCGUAAAGCCGACCAAGAACCCCAAGUACGCGCAUGUGCAGAGUACCAUUCCAAAAGCUGUUGUGGCCAAGAAGAAGACUACUACGUAAAAUAAUUGUCGCUGUUGAGAGGAGAACAAAACGCUCGAGCGCUGGAACGCUUCGAGCGCUGAUGAUUUUUUUUUAAUGCGAAUCAUCUUAACGAUUCUAUGUGUUUUCUGAUCAUUGUCGACUUGAUCGCGUGAUGUUCUUAUUGAUUUAUUUUUGAAAUGAUCUUUUUACUUGUCUGUGAUCGAAUUUUCGAAUCUGAUUGGUUUUUUUUUUAUUAUGAUAAGUGUUUUUAAGACUAUAUAAGAAUAAAACGCAUUUGAGAGAUAUUUUGCUGUUUGAUUU